AUGGCUUCGGAUGCGGCAACGAGCUAUCAAGAUAUCCAGAGAAAACUGGAUAACAUGGACACAGGGGAUCUUGCAGCCGAAGUACUGCCAGUCUUCUUCAAUUGUUUCAUGGAGAACAAAACCUGCAAAGCUGGCGACUUCAACUUUGACGUGAAGAGGGUCAUUGUUCAAAAUCUUGAUGCCCUCAAAAGAGCACGUGAUGGAAAUGGCGGAUGGAAACUAGGCACAGAACUCUCAUGCUCCGAAAUUUUAGCAGGAGGAUCAACACAGAACGGCAAGACCAUGGUGAAAGCUGUGGUUCUUUGGAUCUGCAACUACUUCAAAGUAGGAUCCGUUGUUUUGUCAACUACGAAGCGAGGAACUCGGUCCCUCUUUGAAAAACUCCAUCCACCCGCCGAGGAAGAGAAGGAUAGCUCCACCGAACGUGGAACAAGGCACAAGCUUAAGAUGCCCGUUCCUCCAAUUUGUUUGGCUGGUCGAAGAUUAGAUCAGGAAACAAUCAAGAAGAACGUGAUGAUCAGCGCAACUCUGUUUGCCAACGACACGGCUCAGAAGAUCACAAAGAUCUCUGAGUUGUUCGAGUCGGAUGACGAAAUCCGCAAACUUCCGAUGAUUCUGAUCGUGGAUGAAGCCGACUCGUUCUACCGCAGGAAGAACAAAACUACCCAGCUGGAGGCAGCCAUGGACUCCUUCAUUGCAAUCGUCAGGCCGAUCCUGCGCUGGAAUGUUUCCGCAACCUUGAUCCCAGUUGUCAUGCACAUGAAGCAGGACAAGAAGGAGAUUGAUUGCGAAUCGAUCAUUUACACAGAGCUCGGAUCGAAUUAUUUGGGCGCAGAAUCUUUUGUGCCUCCCCAACGUGAUGGAAGAGACGUGUUCUUGAAUCCUAAGGAUAAGAAAGAUGCAGAGGAGGCCAUGGAUUUAGUAUACAAGGACGCCUUCCAGAAAAGAGGAUCCCUCACCCUGGUUAUCACGAAUCCAAAGGUUCAUGGACCCAGCGGUAUAUUCGCACAAGCCGAAAAAGUCUUGAGAAAAUUUCCUCAUGUUGCUGCUCUGAUCGUCUCGCAUGAAGGCAUAACUCUCAAGCCGCCCACGAAACCGAUGCUUGCAACCAAUGCUUUUACUCCCAUGACGGACCAGAAACUCCUAGAUUUGCACCGUAAGUUCAAGGGGAAAACUGCCUCGUAUGCCAUUGAGCAGGUCGACGAAAACUUUGGAAUCGAGACCCCCCUUGUUAUCUUUGGAUAUCGUCUUAUGAUACGCGGCGACAGCUUUGUUUCGAAGAAACGUGUGCCAACACACCUCAUCUGCGCUUUAGGAAAACAGAUGAGCAUAGAGAAGGUCGUGCAAGCUUGCGGUCGAGCGACGUAUCAGCGGUCAUCUAGUCACUACAACUUCCAUGAAGAAAAGAAGGUCGUCGUCCUGACAUAUCCUCUUGACUUCGACACGACUCGAGCUUACCCUCGUUUCCUGGCUGAGCUGCACGCAAAGAUGAAAGAUCGAGGCCUGACGCUCGCGAAGGCUCUUUCUGCACGAGAGGUCUACAGCUAUAGAGCAAACAUCCAGCCAAAAGGUCAGCUGAGGAGUAUCGGGCAGAAGUUGGACGAGCUGAAGCUCAACGUUCGAUUCGAGGAUCCACCGCGGGGGGAGGAGGGGCGCGGUGCGAAAUGGCUGCGAGAAACUAUGGGGGAGCAAGAGGCUUGA